UUUACAUAAAGUGUUGAAACGAACAUAGUAUAAUGAAAUGAUAAAGUGGAUCAAAUGAACAAUGAUGUGAAAUAUAAAGUGAUAAUGACAUUUAACAGAACUCUAAAUGACGCGAACGUUUCAUAUGAAAAGUGUGAAAAACAAAUCGAUAUGGGAUGACUCAAAGUGUAAAAUGUUAUGUGCAACCCAUUUUCCGACCCGGAGAUGAUGCGCGAAUUUCACGACAAUGCUGGGGCAGGAGCAGGCGGCGCGAUGGAGGAAAACGAGGGCGACGAGAAUGGGGCUGCCGAGGUCGAUAUGGACGACUGCGGCUCCCUCGCGCUGCCGCCCGACCUGCCCCCCUACUCCGGCGAUUACAUCAUCAGCGACUACAUGGAGCGCCUCGGCACCCGCCUUAAUAUCCUUGAAACGGAACUCAAGUACGCCUGGCGAGCUCUCGAUCUCCUCAGUCAGGAGUACGUCAGAAUGUGGGAACGUCUUGAGAGGCUGGAGGCCCUGCUCGCGGACCAACAGGGUGUUAUAUCAACAUUGCUCGACUUCUACACGUGUCGGGGCGUUACUGCUAGAGAUCCUAUGACCCGUCUAGAAGUAAUUAGAGAAAUUUUAGGCAAUGGAACGGUAGAAGAUGGUAUCGAAGAGGGUUUAGAUAUAGGACGUAGCUCUGUUUUAAUGGAUCCACAAGAGGAAAUAAUGGAAUCUAAUGAAGCUUUUUACAAAAGUUUAAACCAAGCUUAUCGAGAUGAUCUGGUUUGCGAAGAAACUUCUCGUCCCCCGUCACAAUUAGAUAUGAUUUGGGAAGCGCCAGAAGAACACGAGAUGGAAAUUAUACCUGUUGGUUCAAGACAAGUGUACAGUUCAACAGAUUACAAAGAUUACUGUGGAUUACAGGGCGGACCCGUUAUUAGCGAAAGAGAUUUGGUACAUUUAUCGACGUUAAGUACAAUAGAUCAAAUUGCCGUAGAAAAAUUACAUGAAUUAGAUAGGCUGACAACACAAUUACACAAAGAUUCGAGAGAGUUAAAAGACUUGAAAACUAGAAUUCUUAGCCCAGAAACAAUGACAUCCAAGCACAAUAUAGAUAUCGAAGCCAAAGCACUUGUUGAAGACGGCAACAUUAUAAAUGAACAACUUAAAAAUGUUUACUCUGGUGAAGAAAAUUGGGGUAUCAACGAUGUUAUGAAAAGUUUUGACGAUUUUUUAUUGUCUAUGCCUAAAGAAUCUAUCAGUAGAGAAAAAUCUCCAUCUCGAUUAUCUCUAACUGAAAAAUCUGUAACGGAUCGAGCUAUGGAUUACUUGCCUCCAACUGUAUCUCCUCGACGAAAUUAUGUUCCUGAAAGAACAACAACAGAGCCGUAUACUACUGUAACUGGACGAUUAGCAUACAGUUCGGCAGUUGCAAAUGCUGAAAUAAAUGCAGCGAAAGCUUCUAAAUCGCCUAGCGCACUUUCUAGAGACAGGUUUGAAUAUAGUCCAUCUUAUCAAAUGACAGAUCCUUCAAUAUAUUAUUCCAGUAAAGGAAUAUCUCAACCUAUAAAUGACAUUUACAAAUCAGCUGGUUUAGAUCAGCCAUCUCCUAUGUCCGUUCAAGAAAUGUAUAAGAGAUCUUCUGACGGUAGACAUGAAGUAAGUUAUGAAGAAAGUAGGUUACGAGAACCCCCAAGUCCACCUCCGCCAGCACCACCGAAUGGAGCUAACUUAUUCGCCACUAUAGGAAAUAACAACGAAUCAAUGGCUGCCAGUCAAUCAAUGCUUUCGGCCGCCAAUUUGCCAUCGGACACUUUACGAUUAAGUCCCAGAUCUCCCAAAUCACCAAAAACGUCCCCAAAACACGUUAAAAGAGAUACGACGAACAUAGUUGCCGCUAAAUCUGACUCAGGUUUAUCAUCUAUGAGUGGAUGGUCCAGUUUGGAGAAAAGCCCAGGCUCACCAAAAACAGGAAAAGUCGUGCAUACUGGUCAUGACUCGCACAAAGUAAGAAUUACUUCACCUCAAUUAGUUCAAAGAAUGGCAUAUGAAAUCGAUUCCAAACCCUAUUUAGAAACACUUACAGACUCAUAUGCCCACGAAAGUAAAAGUGUAAAAAGUGAUUAUAACUUACGAAAACUUGACAAAAUGAACAAAGAGCUCUCAUCAAGAGAAUUAAAUAAAUUUCAAGGGAAGUUAGAAAGUGAUUUUGCUCAAUCUAGUAUUCCACUUUCCAUCGGGGCAUCAAGUUCUCAAAUAAGCAUGAGUGAAUAUUUUUAUGGUAUUGAACCUCCUUCAAUAUAUUCAGUUGCUGGUAAUAGACAGCCAGUAUUUACAACGGUUUAUAGCACUCCAAGAGGCAUGCUUCCUGAAGACCGAAAUAAUUUUUCCGAAUUAUUAGAUAGAAAUGAAAUUGUAGAAUCCAAUGCACCAGUUGCAGACUCAUAUCCACCUGAACCUAGUUAUCAUGCGCAAACUGUGGUUAUGUCAGCCGCAAAUGUAAAUAAAAGAACUAUGACAAGAGCGAACACAAUGGGCCCUAAUGACCCCCCAUUUCAUCAAAAUGGAUAUAAAGUGACUUCUCAUCGUGGUGCCUAUCCACCUGGCAACCUUACUGAUGCAUUGUCAUAUUACCCAACGUCCAGUAGGUAUGAUUCACCAAAACGUACAUCAUUAGAUCAACUUUCUUGGCAGGGUGGAAGUAGAUCACCAACUAGUUCAAUGGAUACAUCUAGUUUAAAAUCUCACUCCUUAAAUAUUUCCGAUAGAAAACAAUUUCAAAAUCAGUUACAACAAGAAUAUUUUAAGCAACAACAAUAUGACCAAAGAAACGGAAAUCUCAAUUGUUACAGCGAACAAGAAUAUAACCACCAAAUGAUACCAGAACAUCCAAAAACAAGAAAAGAACAAUACGUGGACUCCGGUGGUAUGUUAGUAUCAGAGUCGGGAUAUUUGUCUAUAUCAAGAAGCAAACCCCAAGAUAAGCAACCUAAGAAGCCAAAGAGAACAUCUUCAUUAAAAUCUGCUAUGUCUAGUGUGAGCCAUUGGUUACCAGAUCUACACUUACCCAAAAAACACAGAUCUCAUUCUUUGCCUUCCGGUGUUGAUACUGUAGAACAACCUCAACAAGAAAAGAGUUUAAAAGAACGGAUAUUGUCAGCUCAAAGAAGGAAGAAAAAAUAUCAUUUAGUAGCUUCCAUGUCCGGUUUAUUACAAAAAGCUAGAAGAAAGAAUCAAGCAAGUCAUCAAUCAUUAUCAGACCCAGAAACAUCAGAAACUGAGUGGUCUGGAGGUAGAUCUAGUGCUCAAUCCGAAGAUAGUGACAGUGUAUUUUCAGAUUCAACUCACGAGCCCAAUAUGUUUGCCAAAGUACCCCCAAAACCAAAACAAAGAAAAAGUAAUAAUCAAGAGAUAGUGGAACAACAACAAAUGCUCCAAGAAUUACAACAGCAGGGUCGAGAUUUUCCCGAAGAUAUUUCAGAACAUGAAAUGGAUGAACUUGAUAAAAUUUCAGUAAAUAAUACGAUCCCAAGAGAUAAGAGCGACGACAUUGACUUUCACUUCGCACGAAUUAGCCAAAUGAAUAAAGAUAAUAUAUCAGAAUUAGAAAAAUUGGACAUAGAUACGGAUAUUUCAAACGUGGACUUAUUUGAAGAUGAUAUUAAAGAAGAAGAUGACCAAUCACCUGGAUCGCUUUUUGCGACUAUCGGUGAUGUUAAAAAGGCAGCUGCUGCCUCAGACGAGGGUCUUAAUGAGAGUAAUAAAUCCUACAGUGGCAGUUCGCAAGAAUUUGCAGUAUCAAGGGCUUUGGGAAAAUAUAGGUUAAGAAAAUCUACAUCAAUAUCUGAUGAACAAAUGGACGAUGAACUAUCUCCGCCAAGAACCGAACCUGAACAUCAGGAAGAUGAAAUCCCUAGCCAAAAAGAGAAAAAGGUUCGCAAAACUAGCACCCCUGAAAUUAUUAACACAUCGGCACCCGAAGAAACAUCAACAUACCCAGAAAGGAGUCCAUCAAUUCAAAGUACUCGUACUAUUCAUGGUAAAUUUCCAACGAGACAUCAGCAAAGUUUAGAUAUCCCUAAUAAGCACGAUGAUGAUGACAGUAAAAGUACUCAUUCGUGGCGAAGUGGCUCACGGGUAUCAUCAAGACGACAAAGCACGGAAGACAGCAUCGAUUCUGAAGAUGAAUGGUAUUGCUAUGAAUUGAGAAAACUAGAAGAGAUGGAACAUCAGUCGCAUAGUGAAAUGGAAAGACAAACAACACUGCCAGAAGAACCUGAAUAUGAGGAUGAGGAAGACCCGGCAAAAGACAAGGAAAUAUUAAAGGAAAAAAUGUCGUUUGUACUAAGAGAAUUAAAGCUUAAAACAGCUAAUGUAAAAACGAAAUAUGACAAAACUCCAGAAAAGGAAACCUGGAAAGAUAUCACAACGUUUCCUGCGACGUCUGAUUCACAGGAUUACGAAAGCCCUAUCAGAGAUGAUGAAGAUGAUAAAUUUUAUGCUGACGAUUCUGGAUCGGGUGAAACUUCGGGUCCAGAUAGUCCUGUUCAGAGUGGGGACGAACUUGACGAAGAUUACGAUAUGCCGCAGUUUCAUGAAGAGGCCACUGCAGUUCAAGAAUCACAACAGCAGCAAGAUGCACCUGUUGGAAGUAAAUGGAAGUUGUUGAAGGCGCUGAAGGACCGGAAAGCGGAGGACAAGGCGUCUGACACUCCGGUGGCAACAACUCCAUCCACGGAGAAAGACAAAGUCAGUGCAGGUAAUGGAUCUGGAGGGUUCAACGAGGGAAAAGGCAAUGGCCACCCUGGAGAUAACCCCUUCUACAGUAACAUUGACAGUAUGCCUGACUUUCAACCACCUCGUAAAUACAUCCCACUCGUCUCUGAACUUGUUCUCAAGACUAUGGCUGCCACAAAAAGGAAUGCAGGUUUGACAUCAGCUGUGCAUCGGGCUACGUUGAACGAUGAAGAACUGAAAAUGCACGUAUACAAGAAAACACUGCAAGCGCUCAUAUACCCGAUCUCUUCAACGACCCCCCACAACUUUCUGCUUUGGACCGCCACAUCCCCCACUUACUGUUACGAAUGCGAAGGCCUCCUGUGGGGUAUUGCGAGGCAGGGCGUCCGUUGUACCGAGUGCGGUGUCAAGUGUCACGAGAAAUGCAAGGACUUACUCAAUGCCGACUGCUUGCAGAUGUGUUUCGCAGGGGCUGCCGAGAAAUCUUCGAAGCACGGGGCAGAGGACAAGGCUAACUCCAUCAUAACCGCAAUGAAGGAACGGAUGAAGCAACGCGAGAGAGAUAAGCCGGAGAUCUUCGAGCUAAUCAGACAGGUGUUCAGCAUGGAGCCAGAGCCUCACGCCGCGCACAUGAGCACCGUCAAGCAAUCUGUCCUCGAUGGCACGUCAAAAUGGAGCGCCAAGAUAGCUAUCACAGUUAUCUGUGCUCAAGGGUUAAUCGCCAAAGACAAGAGUGGGACUUCGGACCCCUACGUUACUGUCCAAGUCAGCAAAGUCAAGAAGCGGACGAGAACCAUGCCCCAAGAACUUAACCCCGUCUGGAACGAAAAAUUUUACUUCGAGUGUCAUAAUUCAUCGGACCGUAUCAAAGUACGCGUGUGGGAUGAGGACAACGACCUGAAAUCUAAGCUUCGACAAAAGCUGACGAGGGAGUCUGACGAUUUCCUGGGACAGACGAUUAUUGAAGUUCGAACCUUGUCCGGUGAGAUGGACGUGUGGUACAACCUGGAGAAGCGGACGGACAAAUCGGCGGUGUCCGGCGCCAUUCGGCUGCACAUCAACGUCGAGAUCAAGGGUGAAGAGAAGGUGGCGCCUUAUCAUGUCCAGUACACGUGUCUGCACGAGAACCUGUUCCACUACCUGUGCGAAGAGACGGGCACGGUGACCCUGCCCACGGCCAGAGGGGAUGACGCGUGGAAGAUCUAUUUCAACGAAAACCCGGAGGAGAUUGUUGACGAGUUCGCUAUGAGAUACGGAAUUGAAGCUAUCUACCAAGCUAUGACGCACUUUCACUGUUUAUCAACCAAAUACUUGUGUGCGGGCGUGCCAGCGGUGAUGUCUACACUUCUGGCGAACAUCAAUGCGUACUACGCUCACACAACUGCGUCAUCCGCCGUGUCUGCUUCGGACAGAUUUGCCGCGUCCAAUUUCGGGAAAGAGAAGUUUGUCAAACUACUGGACCAGCUGCACAACUCGCUCAGGAUAGACCUGUCGAUGUACCGCAACAACUUCCCCGCCUCGACGGCUGAGAAGCUCAUGGACCUCAAGUCUACUGUCGAUCUGCUCACUAGUAUUACGUUCUUUAGGAUGAAGGUCCAAGAGUUAAGUAGUCCACCAAGAGCAAGCACUGUUGUCAAAGACUGUGUGAAAGCUUGCUUGAGAUCGACGUACCAAUUCCUCUUUGAGAAUUGUAACGAUCUUUAUAAUAGAGAAUAUCAGCCACUUGUCAAUUCAAAGGUGGAUCCGAACGAAGCGAAACGCGACGGCGACCACGGCCCACAGUUGGACUCUGUGGACUUUUGGCAUAAGCUUAUAGCACUCAUUGUGUCGGUCAUAGACGAGGAUAGGAACAGUUAUGCGCCUGUUUUGAAUCAGUUCCCACAGGAGUUGAAUAUUGGACAGCUAUCGGCAGCGACGAUGUGGUCGCUAUUCGCCGUGGACAUGAAAUACGCGCUCGAAGAACAUGAACAGCAUCGACUCUGCAAGUCUUCCGCUUAUAUGAAUCUGCACUUCAAGGUAAAAUGGCUGCACACGCAAUACGUGAAAGACGUUCCUCCGUAUUGCGGCGCGGUUCCCGAAUACCCCGCCUGGUUCGAGCCCUUCGUCAUGCAGUGGCUGAAUGAGAAUGAUGAUGUGUCCCUCGAGUACCUUAAUGGAGCUUUCAAUAGGGAUAAGAAGGAUGGGUUUCAAAAAUCAAGCGAGCACGCGCUCUUCAGUAACUCCGUGGUGGACGUGUUCACGCAACUCACCCAAUGUUUCGACGUCGUGUCGAAACUGGAGUGUCCCGAUCCGGAGAUCUGGAAACGGUACAUGAAGAGGUUUGCGAAGACCAUCGCGAAGGUGCUGGAGGCUUACGCUGAUAUUGUGAAGAAAGAGUUCCCGGAGCAUUUGAAAGAGGAGCGGGUGGCUUGUAUACUAAUGAACAACAUCCAGCAACUGCGUGUGCAACUAGAGAAGAUGUUCGAGGCCAUGGGCGGCACGAAGCUUGAGACUGAUGCGGCAGACAUUUUGAAUGACCUGCAACAGAGCCUGAACAGCACGCUGGAUGAGCUCGCGUCUAUGUUUGCUAACAGCUUGGAGACCAGGAUAACAGCCAGUGUGAAGGAGUUAGGUGAUCUGCUGCAAAAGGUUGGCGGCGGCAACGCGCCAGGACAACCACAACCGCCUGUACAUCAUGAGGCUGACGAAGUGCUGAGGCCGCUCAUGGAUAUAUUGGAUGGUUCAUUGACUAUGUAUGCAGAGUCCUGUGAAAAGACUGUUCUUAAACGACUGCUCAAGGAAUUGUGGAAGAUAGUAAUGAAAAUCCUCGAGAAAACCGUAGUGCUUCCGCCUAUGACUGAUAAGACGAUGAUGUUGAAAAACUUAACGAACAAUGCAAAGAACCUCGCAGCGAAUGCCAAGAUCGAGGACAUGACACAACUCUUCAAGAGCACUGUUGGCAAGCAAGACGUCAAGCACGCGCUGUCCGGAGUUAUGGAUAUAUCUAAAGAGCACUUAUCAGCCGAAAAGAGUUUGACUCCAAAGCAGUGCGCGGUGCUAGACGCGGCCUUAGACACCAUAAAGCAGUACUUCCACGCCGGCGGCAAUGGGUUAAAGAAGACAUUCUUAGAAAAGAGCCCAGAGCUGCAGUCGCUGCGAUACGCCCUCAGUCUAUACACGCAGACGACGGAUACGCUGAUCAGAACGUUUGUCACCAGUCAACAGAAUCAAGAUGCAGCAGUAGCUGAAGAAGGUAGCGUUGGAGAAGUUUCGGUGCAGGUUGACAUAUUCACGCAUCCAGGAACUGGGGAGCAGAAAAUCACUGUGAAAGUGGUAGCAGCGAACGACCUGAAGUGGGUGAUCCAAAGCGGCAUGUUCCGUCCGUUCAUCGAGGUGAACCUCAUCGGGCCGCAUCUCGCCGACAAGAAGCGCAAGUUCGCCACCAAGUCCAAGAGCAACAACUGGAGUCCGAAGUUCAACGAGACCUUCCAUUUCAUGAUAAGCGCCAACGAGCAACUGGCACUGUUCGAGCUCCACAUCUGCGUGCGAGACUACUGCUUCGCUCGCGAGGAUCGUUUGGUCGGCGUAGCUGUCAUGCGGUUGGCCGACAAUAUCGACCAGAACUCAUGUGCCGCAUGGCUACCACUCGGCACGCGUGUCAAAAUGGACGAGACGGGAUGGACGAUCCUCAGGAUCCUCUCGCAGCGACACAGCGACGAGGUGGCCAAGGAGUUCGUCAAGCUCAAGUCGGAGAUGCGGUCGGAGGCCCCGGCCGGCGCCGGGCCCCCAGGCCAGGGGCCCUCGUGAAACCCGUAAGGGACACUCGCGAGCCACAGUUCUUCUAGCGACGUCCCACGGACGCCAACGAGAAUCGCCCGACUGCGGUGAUCCUUGCUCCACGCUCCUCAAACGUGUCUAACGCUCCGAAGUGUUGCCACCGCUCGAGCUCUGAGACAUGGGGUCACGGAGAUUCCGCCGAGAAGCAGACAUGACGCUAGGCGCUGCGGCGGUUUCCGGUCAGUGCUCCUUUUCUUUAGUACGGCCUCGUGGCGUAUUUUGUAAAUAUUAUAACAGUAUUAAGUUACGCGACAAGUAGAAAUAUUUUGCACAAAUUCCUAAAAGUUAGCGAAAAAGACUGACCGUAGGCGGCCGCGGUCGCCGCGACGUCCACGCGCUCUAGGUAUUCAGCAAAUAAAUCUACACUGCACUUUCUUAGACACACACUACUUAUUUUAUCGUGUCGUUUUCUAUUAUUACUUUUAACAUUUCAUACGAACGGAUUUGAUAGGUUAAAGUUACUUACGAAACGAUUGACUUUAAUUUUAAUUUUUGCACGUUUUGCUGGGUGACUAAAGGGGUGGACGAUUCACAAUUUAUGUAAUAAUACUUAUAUGGACCAAACUGUCACAAAUACGGAUACAUUUAUCCUAAUCCAUUAACGUUAAAUCAACAUUAUUUAUCUAAUUAAUCAUCUACUCGUUAUACGUGUACAGUAAAAUAAUGUAUGGCCUUAUGUAAAUUAUUUCCUCGUUUGUUUGAGAAUACUUUGCUUGUGUCAAGUUAAAAGGUACUAAGUGUUAACGAUGUACUGGAUGUCGAGAUAGGGUGAAAGCCGUAUUCCCUGUAUAAUAAUAUCAUGAUCUGAGUGGUGUGUAGGAUCGCGAGAGCGUCGCGAAGCAUGAUUGUAUAGGAGAUGAGUGUUUCCAAAAUGGUAUGAAUAUGGUUUAGGUUCAUUAAUUCUACCAAAGUAUUGUAAUGUUUUUAAAUCUUCUGUUCGCGUCCCGUUUUGAGUGACCUUUGUUGUAUUUCGUGGUCCAUGUUGUUGCAUAUACUGAUAUGUAAAUACCAACUUAUAUAUAACAUACUAUCACAUAUUUGCUCUUACUUUUAAUAUGCUUGGCGUGUCUAAUGUGUAAUUUGAAAUCUCCUAUAACAUUAUGUAUAAAUUAUUAAAAAUUGUGAUAUUGUUAUAAAAUGAUACAUCUCGUGGAUAUUUUAUGUAAACAUGUUUUAGCUGAUAAAUCCAAUAUUGAAGUGUUGGUUGUUAAUGUUACAUUUCUUUUAUAUACCUCGUUUAUUGAUAGGGCACUGAUAAGGAUAACAUUAUUUUCUAAAUUGAUGUUUUAUAUUUAUGGGUUACUCAUUUUAUCAGAUAUCAACAUUCCAUUUUAAAUUUACUCACAAGUCACUAGCAUUUAAAACGAUCAGUGCUCAAAAAAUAAUUUGUUAAGGCUAUAGUUAUGGCAAAUAUCACUAAUGAAUCGUUGAUUUAACAAGAUAAUAUUAUAAUUAUGACAAUUAAAUAUUUAUCACAGUCCAAUCAAAACACAGCGUUUGAACAUCACGUAAAUAAUAAUUAUAGUGUGUGUAUAUUUUCAAUACCACUAAGACUUCUAUUUCAUAAACUUAAAAUCAAAUUAUUUUUAAACGAUAUUAUGCUUAAUAUCGUAUUCAUAAAUAUACGAUUAAGACAAAAGAUUUGUCUUAAUCAUUUUCUAUGAAUCUAAAUUAUUUUUUGAAAAGUACUUACUAAAUUCAUGAACAGCAUGUAACAUUACACUUACUUUACUAUUUAUCAAUACUCUAUCUUCAUUGAACUUAAAACUGUUUACUCCUCUAUCAGUUCUAUCUCUAAUGGAAGUAACUGUUUUUAGAAAAAUCAAGUAACCUACCAGUUGAUGUUUCCUAGUUGUACGUACUUUAUGGGCUUCCUUUCUACACAGAUUUGCUAUAGAACUUUAGAAUUUGACGUUAGAUAAUGUUCAAUUUACAAAACAUGUUUGAAAACUCUCCCAGUCACAAAAUAGUACGUUUUCCGUAGAUUCAUAGAAAAAACACAAUAUUUCUACUUAGUAAUAUCAUAGAUUAAAUGUAAGAAAAUCAUACCAUCCUGCAUCCCGUAUAAUAAUAUAUUAGAAUGCGACCGCCUAAGAACGCGCAAACACUACACUACACAUAGAUGGCGCCACAAAAAAAUGCCUUUUUGCCAUCGAUUAUUUGUAGAUUGGCGUUGUGUCACUUUC